AUGACAUUUUACAAGAAAGAUACAUUGAGGGAGAUAGAGAGAGUGUGUCAAGCUAAAUGGAAGAGAGAAUGCACUUUUGAAAUUGAUGCACCUACACCAGAAGACAGAGGCUCUGAGUUUGAUCACAGUAACAGAUACUUUGUGACCUUUCCCUAUCCAUACAUGAAUGGACAGCUCCACCUUGGACACACCUUCACGAUAUCAAAGGCAGAGUUUUCUGUAGGGUACUAUCGUCUGAAAGGGAAGAGGUGUUUGUUCCCGUUUGCAUUCCAUUGUACUGGUAUGCCUAUUAAGGCUUGUGCUGAUAAAUUGAAAAUGGAGAGACAGGAUUUCGGUUUUCCUCCUAAAUUUCCUGAAGUGGUUGAGAAGGAGGAGCUAGAAGAGGUGGAGACCAGUGUUCAGGUUGAUCCGACGAAACUUGCCAAAAAGGUAAAGAGUAAAGUUGCGGCUAAAGGAGGAGGUGGUCCUAAUUACCAGUGGAACAUUAUGAGGAAUUAUGGAAUGAGUGAUGAUAUGAUAGCCAAGUUCGCUGAUGCUAGUCACUGGUUGGAGUAUUUCCCUCCUUUGGCUAAGGAAGACUUGGAGGCUCUUGGACUGAGAGCAGCAGAAGCAGCUUAUAAAAGAGACCAGAAAGGUCUACCAGCGAAGGAUUCUUCUUAUCUUAAGAAAGCAAUAGCUGAAGAAGAAAAGAAAAUGAAGUCAAAACCAAAGAGAGGAGGAGGAGGUGGUGGUGGAGGAGGAGGAGGAGAGGCUAAGAGCUCUACAGACGUAGCAGCACCUCCGCCCCCACCAUCACCAUGGCAACAGUUGUUAUCACCUGAAGGUCGUAUCUAUUACUAUCACAUUUUGACCGGAAUUUCUCAGUGGGAGUGUCCACCUGAACUCAAGACCACGCCCUCCCAUACAUCAGUUAAGAGUACAGUGCAGUCCAGUGCUCCUAAAGGUUCUUCAGUCUUUGGUACUUUCACUCGUAACGCCAAAGGAUCUAUAGUACCAGUCUCAUCUUCAAAUACUAGUAACAUUACCAGUGUUGAGGAUGAUAGUAUUCAAGCUCAAUGGCUGAGACAGCAACAAGAGAAAGAUGAGUUCUUACAGCAGCCAUUCACUGAGCUAGCGGCUAGAGUUAAAUACUACACAGAAAACAGUGAUGAUGAUGAUGAAGAGAAAGAAGGAGGAGAGGAGAGUGGAGAAGGAGAGAAACCUCCUCCUGCCAAGAGGUUUGAUCCUUAUGGCUCAUGGCAAACUGUUGCAGUAAGAGCACAGAAAAUUGUUGAAGAGGAAAAGGAAGAAGAUGAAGAUCAAGAGGAGAGAGAAGAAGCACAGCCUUCACAAUCUAAAUCAAGCCGACUUCAAGUGUCUUCUGACGAAGAAGAAGGCUACACUUUUAAAGAAAAAACUCACCCACAAAGCAGCAGCAAUAGUGGCUUAGACCCACAAGUGAAGAGAGAGGAUGGAGGAAUGAUGACUGGGUCAUUUAAAGGAUUUAGUUUUAAGAAGAAGUCAAGCAGUAGCAAUAGAAAUAUCAAGCAAAGAACUAGCCAGUGGUGACACUUUUAAUGGAUUAUUUGUAUAUGUAUGUGUAAAUGAAUAGUUAUGAUCAGGAAUUAGGACAAGCAAAGAGAACCAGCUUUGCAAUGUCUGGAUCAUAAUAAUAUUAUCGUUAAACUUUUAAGAGGUUUUUUAAUUCAAAAAGCAAGCAAGCUAUUUUAAUAUUUU